AUGACUGAUCAUGCGGAAGCUGGUGGCGGGCGGCCUGAUGAUACCGACUCGUGGCUGUCCAAAAAGGUGCAGUCGUGUACAAGUAACCUGCGAAUCACUUCACUGUAUCUUUGCUACGACGAAUACUGUCAGGAUGAUGCGUUCAAAGCAGAGUCCAUUGACGAGCAAAGUCGGUGGUGCAACGAGCACACAAAUGUGACCUUACCCGACUAUCACUCGGUCGUCAAUCGUUGGAAAUCAAGUCACCCACGGGACGUGACAAGAUUAAGUGCGGAAGAUGCAUUCAAGUGGCCAGUACCGGUACUGGGGGAGGUGGUGGUGCCGGAUGCAAGCUUCUUUGAGAGGGCAUUCACUACCAUUGAGGCUGCAUUCCAGGCCUACGACCUUCACCUCGUCUAUGGCUGGUACAUGUACUACUUUUGGGCUGCAGUCGUCACUGUGGGUGUUGGUACACGCCUAAUGUCCCUCUUUUACAACCUCGGACACAAAGACCACAACAAUCAACCGGAUGGGAGUUACGGAACCACCACCAACGGUCUGACAUUUCUUCAAACCUGGCUUAAACAACACAUUACAACUCCAGCCACUUUUGGUAACCGCUGCGCACGGCCAUAUGGCUGGUGCACCAUCCCUCCACGCAUUCAGUCACUCACCGUCUUUGCCUUUGUCGCCUUCAACAUCAUCCUAUGCUGCUGUUCCUAUCGCUUGACGGACGGCAACCUUUACUGGCCGAAAAAGUCUGCGCAACUGCUGCGUUUUGUCUCGGACCGCACGGGCAUCGUUGCGCUUGCAAAUCUCCCAUUGGUCUGGCUCUUUGGUAUGCGCAAUGAUUUUUUGAUGUGGUUGACAGGUUGGGGCUUUGGCACGUACAAUGCGUUUCACAAAUGGGCUGCAAGAAUUGCAACUCUUCAAGCCGUGAUCCAUAGCGUUGGAUACACGGUAAUGAUCAUCCAGAGCGGGGGUUGGUCGCAUUUCCUCGGCUACUGGUCCAAACAUUACUUUUGGAAUGGCGAGGUGGCUACUGUGGCCAUGUGUGCCCUCGUCGCCUUGUCCUUUUACGGCAUCCGUAGAGCGCACUACGAGGUAUUUCUCAUUACCCACAUUAUCAUCUCCAUCGCCGCCCUGUGGUCCAUGUACUACCACGUGGAAAUAUUUACCGCAGGCGAAUGGAACAUAUUCAUCUGGCCAUGUGUCAUCAUUUGGAUCGCUGAUCGCGCGAUUCGACUUGGUCGAAUUCUCUUAUUCAAUCGCAACCCAUUCAACACAAUGGCCACAGUGAGCUACGAAGCGAGCAGCAACCUGGUUAGGAUGGAGGUGAAAGCUGACACUGCAUUAAUAUUGCCUAAUCCUGGAACCUACUACUUUGUACACGUCCUGAACGAUGUGCGCUAUGCGCAUCAGAGUCAUCCGUUUACUCUUGCCUACAACUCGGCCAAUGUUUCUGCAACACCGUUGUCGCCGAUUUCAUCGAGACCUACGCCACACCGUACUUGGUCGGCUGAAUGGAACGAGUCCGACGCCUUGCUUGCAACGUGCAAGGCAAAAGCCGCAUCGAAGCUCGUGUUUCUCAUCAGGCCAUACGACGGAUUCACCUUGCGUCUCAAGUCAACAUGCCUCUUGCAUCCCAAGAAGCUGAAAGUACUCGUCGAGGGACCCUAUGGGCAAACCGCGCCCUUGCACAAUUUUCACAGUGUCCUCUUCGUGGUGGGCGGCACUGGCAUAGCGGUGGCCCUCUCCCAUCUCGCACACUUGCUCUCUUGCAAGUCGCAUGUUCAGACGGUCAAAGUAGUGUGGGCAGUCCGCGAACAUGCCUUUUUUGCCUCUGUACUGCAGGAUCUCAAGAGUCUGUUGGGCGAUGAACGAGUCGAAAUGGACGUGCACAUCACUCGCGACGACCAGGCCAAGGACGUUGUUGUUGGAGAAGUCUUCAAAUGUAUAAAGAGAAAGACGAAUCGGCCAGACGUGCACAAUGUUGUCAAAGAAUCGGCGCAGGAUGCGGGAAGAGCAAGCCUAGCAGUGGUUGCGUGUGGGCCGGCGCUCAUGGCUGAUCAGGCGAGAAGGGCCAGUGUGGAGAUGUUAAGUCAAGGUCAUGUUGGCAUCGAGUACUUUGAAGAGAGUUUCAAAUGGUAG